AUGACGAGACAUCACGUUGGCAUCGAUUUAGGAACAACAUAUUGUUGUGUUCAUAUAUAUGAUGAAAAGAGACAUAUAGUUAGUCCCAUUCUAGAUGGCUCCACUUCUCAGAUUCCAUCUUAUGUCAGUUACUGCGGAGAUAAUAUUCUAUAUGGUGCUGUUGCGAUGAAUCAGAUUUUAAAUAAUACUAAAUACACUGUUUAUGACUCAAAGAGAAUGAUUGGAAAGAAAUUUGAUAAUAAAGAUUUCCAAAUUGACAGAAAGAACUGGAUGUUUGAAACGGUAAGAGGUGCAAACAAUUCUAUUAACAUCAACAUCGAAUAUAAAGGCAAAAUCAUUCCUUUAGCUCCAGAAGAAAUUUCGGGCCAUAUUUUACGAUAUUUAAAGAACAUUACAGAGAAAACUCUUACAUCCGGCGAAUGCUCCGAUGUUGUCGUUACAGUUCCUGCUGCUUUUGACUCAAUUCAGAGAGAAAAAACAAUUUUAGCUGCAAAAGAGAUCGCUGGAUUCAAACACGUUGCUCUUUUAGAUGAGCCAUCUGCUGCAGCCCUUGAAUAUGCCCAAGGACUUCCAAAACAUACACAAGAAAAAGUUUUAAUUUUUGAUUUCGGUGGCGGCACAUUAGACAUUUCCAUUGUAGAUAUAAAUCAAACGGAAUGCAGAGUAGUUAAAACUAAAGGCAAUCCGCACUUCGGAGGCCAAGAUAUUGAUAAAAUUCUUGUUGGUUAUUUCAAAGACGAUUUCGAGAAGCAAAACAAUGUUAAAAUUGAUAUGUCCACAAAAGAAGGUCAAAUGGCAAUGAUGUUACUUAAAAUAGAAUGCGAAAAACUGAAAAGAAAUUUAUCAAACCUUAGAACAGCUAAUUUUACUCUUAAUAAGUUCUAUCAAGGCUUUGAUCUCAAUGCAAAACUUACAAAACGUAAUUUUGAGAAGCGAAUUUCGGGAUUUUUGGAAAAAGCAAAAGAUUUAAUCGAAGAAACAUUGAACGAGGCCAAAUUGCAGCCAGAUGAUAUCUCCCAAAUCAUUCUUGUUGGCGGCUCAUCGCAAAUACCUGCUGUUGGAGAACUUAUUGAAAAUUAUUUUGAUAAAAAACCGAUGCAAUCGAUAAAACCAUUAGAAGUUGUAUCCAGAGGUGCAUGUUUACAAUGCUACAACCUCCAUUGCAUCAACGGAUUCGAGCCACAGCAUGAAAUUAACGGAAUUGAAGAAAUUUCCGAAGAUUCAUCAUCAUCCACACCUCCAAGAAGUAGAAUGACUUUUUCAGCACCAGCAUUUGAUACAACGAACCACGAAAUCGAAGAUGUCAUAGCAGAUCAAACAAAUAAUCAGCGUGAAAGACCGAACAGACAAGUCAGAGCUCAUUCCCACAGCGACCAUGAUGAGGAAGAAGACAAACCAAAGCCAACACCUAGAAUGGUACAUGGAAGACAGAUAAAACUUGUAGAAAAAGUGAGUUUGUCAUUUGGAAUUCGCGAAGAAAAUGACAUUUUUUCGAAGAUCAUUCCAAGCGGUGUUGUCAUUCCCGCUAAAGAAGUUCAGACAUAUUGUACAACUGUUGAUUACCAGGAGUUCAUGGAUAUUGCUGUUUUCCAAGGCGAAAACAGGAAAGCUUCUGAAAAUAGUUUUUUGGGAAUGUUUACAAUCAGUGAUUUUCCAAAGAGAAAAGCAGGAAAAGUUGAAGUUGCAAUAGAGAUGACGAUUGAUAGAAGUGGUAUUUUAACAUUGAAUGCAUCUGUUGAGAACAAAAAAGUCAAAUACGUGUUUAAUAAAGAACUUGGAACAUCAGAACAAGAAUUAGAUAGAAUUAGAAAUAACUUGGCUGUUGUGAGAAAUCCAAAGGAAGAAUUCGAGAAAUUGGCAUCAAGACUGCCUUUGUUAGGUGAGAAAAUAAAGAAGAAGUGCAGAGAGGAAUCAAAUAAAAAUGCAGAACACAACCAGUUAAGAAAGAAUGUUUUUAAUCUAAUAGAUGACGUGCAGGAUGAAGAAGAUCCUUCACCUGAAAGAAUUAAUGAGUUGGUAGAAAACAUGGAAUCUUUGAUGAGAGAAAUUUAUUCGGUUUUCCCUGAAUUAGCUGAUGAAUAA